AUGGAAAGGAAGGCACAUUUUGAAGACGAAGAUGUUGUAGACGUUGAACCAAUCCCGAGAAUAAAAUCAAAAAACUAUUCGAAAAUUAAUUUAAAUAAAAAUGAAGAUGAGGAUUUUUUUGAAGAUUAUGAUGACGAUGAUGAUUGGACUAUAGUGACAGUUCAACUUAAAAAGAAAAAAGCGAGAAAAAAGGCAAAUCCGAAAAAAAUAAUUGAAGAGAUGAGGGAUACUAAUAAAGAGAAGAUGGAAGAGGAGGGGAAAAUCGAGGAUGUUUUUGGGAGGAAGUUGUCAGAAAUUGAAGAAAAAGAAGUUAAAAAAGAAGAAAAAAUUAAAGCCACGGAGGGGAAGGAAACAAAAAAAUAUAUUGAAGAGAAAGUUGAGAAGAAAUUUGUUAAAAAAGGGAAGAUGAAGGAUGAAAAAUAUAAGGAGAAAAUUAAAAAUAUCCCUGAAUUGCCACUCCUAAAAAGUAUUCUGCCUUGGAUACCGCAUACGUUGAGGAAACAUAAACAAAUUCAAAAAGCUAAGAAAGCCAAGAUGCGUUUCACACUGGAUAAAACAGUUUCUAUAAAAAAGAAAACAAAAGAAAUAAAGCCAACAACAACAUCAACAACUAGUACAACAACAACAACCACCACUACAACAACCACAACUACAACAAUGGAAAUAAUAAAUGAAGAGGAGUUGGCUCUCAAUUUACAAACUGAUUCUCUUUAUAGAAAUGAAUCUAUCCUAAGAGAUUUAUUAAAAAAUGAGGUUAUUGAAGGUGGUAAAUUACUAAAUGUUAAUAAGUUUAUAGUUUGACCUUCUUAUUUUAAUUUAUAUUUAUUAGUAGUGAAUUAAGAUUUUGCAUUCAAUAAAUUAUAUAUAUUUAUUUAAAUUUAUAUUUGGCAAGAGACCCACAUUUUUUGUUCUAUUAUCUAAGUAAUUUUUCUACAAACCCCCUCCCAUAACGUAAAUUUAUAUUUCUAAUUAAAGUAUUUACAUUUAAGAAAAGGAAGAUUUGGGCUCUGAAGCAUUCCGUGAUUUGGGUGGGAGUUUUAUUACUCCUUUGCUUAAGGAGAAAAAAUAUGAUAAUAAAAGUAUUCCGCUUGUUUUUGCAGGUAUUUUAAAAUAUAUUUGGAUUUUUAUUUGGAUUUUUUAAUUAAAAAUAUAGAUGAACCUUUGAAGGUUUUUGUUGCUUUGGAAGUUAUACAUUUAGGGAAUUUUGACAAUUUUCAAAUGGAAUAUGAAUUGGAUGUUUUUCUACAUAUGCAGUGGUAUGAUGUUAGGUUAGAU